UCCAGCCUCCACGAAACCUUCUGUGCUGCAUCUUCACAUGGGUUCCAGAAUGGUUAUUUAAUUCCCGAGUCCGCUGGUCACCUUGCCAUAUCAUACCUUUCUCAGUGUCCACCUUGUCUCUCAAAUAAGGCUGAUCAGUGGUGGGCUGGGUUGUCCAUUCAUUCACACGACUUGUUUUAUCACUCACCAUAGUUGUCUGCUGUGUUCAAUAUGGCACCACUACCAUUCAUCGACUCCUUGCUCCACAAGACUGCCCCAGCCAAAUCAUCACAUUGGUAUCAUGUUCGCGACCUCCCACCAGAUGCUCUAACAGGAAUUAUCGUCAUCUUGAUCAUCCUAUCAGCAGUAGUCAUCGUUGGCUUGACUGUGCUAGUAGGCAGGGUUUGGAAAUGGUUCGUCGCACCUCGAUCGAGCGGGCGAUGCUCUAUAGCAACCGAAUUAGGCAUCACUCCACGCCGCAAGACCAGCGACUGGGCCAGACAGAAUAGCAACAUCCUCUGGUCGAUGUACAUCCAAGAAGACGACCUUCGAGCUCAAUUUUCGGCACCGUCAAAACUCUCGAGGCUUUUCUCAAUUGGCUCAGUAUCAACCGACCACGGCCGCUGCCCGCUGGACCGUCGUCCCUCCGUCAUUGUGGAGGACGGCUUGGAUCCCCUGAUUGAGGAAAAGAACGUCGCAGAGCUCGACAUUGGCGAGUUGCGUAGCCGGGCUAUGCACGAGUAUGAGAACGCUCCGGCGAGGAAGUCCUCGUUGCCGGGUAGGAAGUUCUCGCUGUUUCAAGCGAAGCCUCAGAAGCCUCGACACAGGCACACCAAGUCUCUUGAGGAUCUUGUCAAGGUCAGACAGUCCUCUCUGCCGACGAGUGGUCGCAACAGGAAGUUGCCUUCACGUUGCUACGAGCAGAUCAUCGACGAGAAGGAAAGCGCAUAGCAAGGCAGGCAGAGGGACUGAUGACGGAAACGAGGAAUUCGAGGGACGAGGUUUCAAGGACGGAUGGACAUGAAGGAUUACUUUCGCUGGAAGCAACAAGGCGAUGAUGACAAUGAUUAUGAGGGAAUGAUUUUCGGCUGGUACAGCCAUAUGUACUUUACUAUGACAAUAUGACUAUGAUUUUGCUAUUG